AUGGCUUCGUUCAAGCUAUGGGAAGAAGAAAUCCUCAGCGAGUCCGAUAGCUGUGAACUGGACGGGCGUGUGUUGGCGAGUAUCGGGAGUGUUAUACUCAGCGAAGUGCCAGAACUGGAUGAGAUUAUCGCUCGCAGAAGCUUUGCACGCACGAAUAGUCUUCCGAUGGAACUCGAAGAGGGACAGGAGGAAGGUGAGG